AUGGACCCUGUUGGGGGGCGGCUGCCGCCGCACUUUCUCGCGGGCUGGCGGUGGGGCGAGUGCCGCGGCCAGGCUGGGGCGGCGGCACUGGGGGCUGAUGGCAGGAUGGGCGUGCGGCCCCAGAGCCUCGUCCCACUGCCGGUAGUGCCACCUCUGGGGCGGUGGCGGCUGCUCGGCAUGAUGCUGCUGGUGUCGAUGUGCUGCUGUGUGCCCGCGCCCGCAGGUCGGCUGCGCAGCUUCGCCAAGAAAAACGGCGGCGGCGGCGACACAGAGGCGCCCGGCGGCGGCGGGGUCGGGCUGGCCGCAAGGAGCCCGCGACUGGGGCCAGGACCAGUGGUGGCAGGGCAGCUGGCAGUAGUGACUGUUCUCCUUGCAGUAUGCUGGCAACAGUGCAGAAUCCAGCACUAUAAUGCUGACUAUGUAGCUGCCACUUCUCCUAGUAAUGCCUUGCCAGAUGAUGUGCUUUUGGAUGUGGAUUACUGUACUGCCUUGCGUGUGUUCUCUGAGUGUACCAGGAAGACUGCCAAGUCCUGCCAAGGAGAGCUGGUGUACCACUCUGCUGUGUUCAAGAUAAAGGAACUGCUUGCCUAAUACAACUGCUCCAGUGAUGGAUCUACCUCAUCAGCGAGAGCCCCAGGCACUCAAGACCCUCUUGUUUCUGAGUUGUGUGAUUAUGAGAGGAGUUCCGGCUUUCAGAAGAAGUUUGCCCACUGUGGAUUAUUUGGGGAUCCUCGCUUAAGGACUUUUAAGGAUGAGUUCCAGACCUGUAAAGUAGAAGGAGCUUGGCCACUGAUAGACAAUCAGUACUUGUCUGUUCAGGUCGCUAAUGUUCCUGUAGUGACUAGAUCCAGCGCCACAGCCACCAGCAAGAUCACACUGAUCUUUAAGAGCUACCAGGGAUAUACAGAUCAGAAGAUUUGCCAGGCAAGCCAGGACCUGCCCUUGGCAUUCAGUGACAGCACACAAAAUGGUGGGCAGCAGGAGGGUGCUGGCAGUCUGCGCAUCCUGGAGAAGCCAGACUCCAACGAAGUGGAGAUCCAGGCUCAUUACAUUGGCAGCACUGUAAUCAUCCGCCAGGUGGGCCAUUACCUCACCUUUGCCAUUCAUGUGCCAGAGGAGACCUUGAAUCUCUCAGAGGAGAGCCCUGUCCUUCAGCUCUGCCUACAUGGCUGCCCCAAGAAUGAACUGAUUCAGGAGCAUAGGCUGUGGCUGAGCAACUCCAGCCCUCUCUGGCCUAGCUGCCAGCAGGUGUACACAGUGGAAACAGCUGCUGAGCAACAUCACCGCAUCCUGCAGGUGGAGGAUGUGUAUUUCCAGUCCUGUGUCUUUGAUCUGCUUACCACAGGGGAUCCUGAAUUUUCUAUGGCUACAUAUGGGGCCUUGUAAGACUUGAAGGCCUUGUAUCCCAGCAGACUUAUGUUAUAUGCUGCAUCCAAGACCAUCAGUGUGCCUGGCAGAGCUCUGGCACUUUGUCAGUCUGUUGUUUUUUGCAGUCUGGUGGGUUCUUGCUUUCCUAAUGCCGCUCUGGUGUCAUUGGAGGUUUUGGGUGGAGAAUCUUUGUACCAUGAGGGACCCUUGACCAAGGGCAGAGAAGCUCCUGACUUCUGGACAAGUUCUCCUCUUGCAGAAUUGGCCUGUCUGAUCCAGCUCUUGCCACCCAUCUUCCAUCUUUUCUCUAACUGA